AUGCACUGGUCAGUAACCAAAGACCCGUGCCACUCCAAAUACCUCUACGUCUGUCAAGACACCCAGCUAGCGAUUUAUCGUAUCAAUGAACGUGCAGAAACCCCACGACGAGAUGAAGAAACCGAGUUCUCCCGUGAUGAAGACCACGACGAAAAUGAAGACCACGACGAAAAUAAAGGCAAAUGGAUCGAGGUGAAAAAUAGCAUCGAACCCACAGGCGCUACAGUGGGAGAAAACGACGGUCGGCGACAUACCAAGGCGAUCCGGAGAUCGGUCAUUGCUUUGGACGUGUGUAACUCAGAGGACUGGUUGAUUACUUGUUCUUUUGAUGGUAAGGGUAUUUUGUGGACUCGACCAACGACAGGGUCAACCCCCUUCUCAUGGCGAUAUAAGGCCGAAUUUGAUGGACAAGGAGCGGAGAUGAAGGCUGUUGCCAUAUAUAAACCGUCUCAGGGGCUCGUGCAACCUCAAGGGGGGGAUGAUUUGCCCCUAGUUGCGGCCUGUUGUCGAGAUAAAACUUUAUGGGUCUUCACGUAUGACGCCGACCAGAACGAAUUUACCUGCCAGAGCUUGCUGUCCAAACACACCCAGGACAUCAAAUACGUUACGUUCCACCCCUACCUGCCACUCCUGGUCUCGGCAAGUUACGAUGAUAAAGUCAUUCUGUAUAAAUAUGACCCCUAUGAGGAUACCUGGCAAGACUUCAAACAAAUGCGGGAUCACAGCUCCACCGUGUGGAUGGUCACGUUCAGCCUAGACGGCACCCGUAUGUACACUACCGGUGCUGACGGCUGCCUCUGCGUGUAUCACAGCGCCCAGCUUGCCACACAAAGGAAGAAAAUCACACACUACGGGCUGGGUCUUCUCAACAAACGCCUGAUCACAACCAUUCCCGACGAUUGGCGUUUGGUCGAUGAAUUCAACGUGGCUGAACUGCAACCUACACUGCCGCUGAACAUGAAUGUCAACCUCUACACGGUCGCCUUGCGGGCUCGCAAGGUGCUACUAGCCAGCAGUCUCGGAAGCAUCUAUGUCAAAGAGGACGACGGCUCUUGGUCGAUGGUGGAGGCUGCCCACGACCGUUGCGAAGUGAAUUGCGCCAUCUGGCUCGACGCCCACUCAUUCGUCAGCGUAGGAGACGACGACGUUGUCCGACUGUGGACAAGCCACUGA